ACCAGAUCAUCCCAAUCUGCUGCUCACUCUUGGCACGACCCACAUGUACACGUGGUGGGACCCAACAGUCUCCUCCCGUCAGUUUCUUCCUCUGAGUGCAGUGGCAGCGAGCUGCCAAUCACAGUGACUUCAUGAGAUACGUCCCGUGUUUUUCAAUGAUUUUUCCCAACCUCCCGGACCCUGGUUCGCCGUCUCCGAUCCAGUGACACGGAGUGAGGACCAGCUUGAGAGUAAAAGGCAAGCGCUGCCCGCACCUUCCCUGGCAGCGGCGCGCCAAUGCGCUGGCACAGCGCGGAGCCGCAGUCCACAGCCGCUCAACUUUAAUGCAGAAACCGAACAAGUUUCUCACACUUGGAAGCGUGCAAUGGAUUACUUACGUGGAGCAUUUUACUGUGUCUUUUUAUUUUUUCUCCGUGCGGACGGCCUCUCUCUAGCCCAGCAUACAGAUCGACUUCAGGAGAAAUUUAAGAGCUAUGAGUUGGUGACUCCGAGCAGCACAGAUGUGCAGGGCAGGUUUCUGUCCCUGGCCGUGUCAGGAGCCGGCAAACGACGGUCAAAGAGGGACAGCGGGAGUUGUCAGCAAGCUCCGGCUGACGGGCGCUUGUACUACAAUGUCACGCUUUUGGGGCAGAGUUUUCACCUCCGGUUGAAGCUGAACUCGAAGCUGGUGGCACCCGGGGCUACCGUGGAGUGGCAAGACGCCAAUGUCACACGCAAGGAGCCUCUGCGCGGAGACUGCGUCUACUCCGGAGAUAUCAUUGAUGUACCAGGGACUUCGGUCGCCAUCAGCAACUGCGAUGGGCUGGCUGGCAUGAUCCGUACAGACAAGGAUGAAUUCUUUAUUGAACCACUGGAGAGAAGCAAAGUGGAGGAAGAAGGAGAAAAUGGGAGAGUUCACGUGGUGUAUCGGAGCUCAGCUACCAAAAAAACACUUCCUCCGUCAAUCAGUGAUGUCCAUUUAAAAGACCCUACGCUGAGUGGACUACGUGAUCUGGAGGCCUUAUACCAAGGCAUUGAGCAGCAGAAGAACAGAACCAGGAGAGUGCGAAGACAUGACAGAGACGAUGAUUACAAUAUAGAAGUUCUUCUUGGGGUUGAUGACAACGUGGUACAAUUCCAUGGGAAAGAGCAUGUGCAGGAGUAUCUCCUGACCCUAAUGAACAUAGUUAAUGAGAUUUACCACGAUGAGUCUCUGGGAGCUCACGUCAAUGUUGUGCUGGUGCGAAUAAUCAUGCUGAGUUAUGGAAAGUCUGCUAGCCUGAUUGAAGUUGGAAAUCCCACUCAAAGUCUGGAGAACGUGUGCAGAUGGGCCUAUUCCCAGCUGAAGUCUGAUACGAGUCACGCAGAAUAUCACGAUCAUGCUAUCUUUCUAACAAGGCAAGAUUUUGGGCCAUCGGGAAUGCAAGGUUAUGCCCCAGUUACAGGUAUGUGCCAUCCAGUGCGAAGUUGCACCCUGAAUCAUGAGGAUGGCUUUUCAUCAGCAUUUGUAGUUGCUCACGAGACUGGACAUGUUUUGGGCAUGGAACAUGAUGGCCAAGGCAAUCUUUGUGGAGAUGAGAUCAAAAUGGGAAGCAUCAUGGCACCUUUGGUUCAAGCUGCAUUUCAUCGUUUCCAUUGGUCACGCUGCAGUCAACAGGAGCUGAACCGAUACCUACAUUCCUAUGAUUGUCUUCGUGACGAUCCAUUUGAACACGACUGGCCAUUGCUUCCACAACUUCCCGGCAUUAACUACUCUAUGAAUGAACAAUGCCGCUUUGACUUUGGAGUGGGCUACAUGAUGUGUACAGCAUUCCGCACCUUUGACCCCUGCAAGCAACUGUGGUGUAACCAUCCUGACAAUCCAUACUUCUGCAAAACUAAAAAAGGACCUCCAUUAGAUGGAACAAUGUGUGCUCUUGGCAAGCAUUGCUUCAAAGGUCACUGUAUUUGGCUAACUCCUGACAUACUGCGACAUGAUGGAAAUUGGGGAUCAUGGAGCAAGUUUGGCUCCUGCUCUCGAACCUGUGGAGUUGGUGUACGAUUCCGGACCCGGCAGUGUGAUGACCCAUUACCCUCUAAUGGUGGCCGAGAAUGCUCAGGAUCAAGCUACAACUAUCAGCUUUGUAACACAGAAGACUGCCCUGAGCAUUUUGAAGACUUCAGAGAACGGCAGUGCCGGCAGUGGAAUGGCAACUUUGAAUAUAAUAACAUCAAGCAUGAGUGGUUGCCAUAUGAGCACCCUGACCCUACCCAGAGGUGCUAUCUCACCUGUGAAUCAAAAGAAACUCGGGAAAUAGUCUACAUGAAGAGACUAGUACAUGAUGGAACUCGUUGUUCCUACACAAAUCGCUAUGAUAUUUGUGUUCGAGGUGCUUGUGUGAAAGUGGGCUGUGAUAAAAUACUGGGUUCCAGUAAACAGGAAGACAAGUGUGGAGUAUGUGGUGGAGAAAAUUCUCAAUGCAAAGUGAUCAAGGGAACGUUCUCCAGAGCAGCGAAGAAACCAGGUUAUCUGAAGAUGUUUGAAAUACCAGCUGGAGCAAAUCACUUGUCCAUUCAAGAACUAAGUGCAUCUCCUCAUUUUAUUGUCAUCAAGAACCAAGCCACGGGACUUUUUAUUUUGAAUGGAGAGAAUGAUUUUCCUGAUUCUAAAACUUUCAUUGAAAUGGGUGUAAUUUGGGAGUAUACCAAUGAUGAUGACAAGGAAUCUUUACAAACUAUUGGACCCCUUCGCGAUGGAAUAGUAGUGCUGAUGAUGCCUAGCGAUAAUGCCAAAACUUCCCUGACAUAUAAAUACACAAUUCAUGAGGACUAUUUGGCUACUAUGACCAAUGAAGUUUUGCAAGAAGACAUGGCUACAUUUGAAUGGGCUUUGAAGAGAUGGUCCCAGUGCUCCAAACACUGUGGAGGAGGUUCUCAGUUUACACGAUACGGCUGUCGCAGGAAGGCCGAUUCCAAGAUGAUUCACCGAAAUUUCUGUGAAGGAAGAAAAAAACCGAAGGCGAUUCGCCGAAUGUGCAACUUGCAGGAGUGCUCCCAGCCUGUGUGGAUUACAGGGCAAUGGGAGGCAUGUACCAGACCAUGUGGCAAAUCUGGAUAUUCAAUCCGGUCUGUGCGGUGCGUCCAACCACUGCACGAUGGCACCAAUCGUUCAGUGCACAGCAAAUAUUGCAUUGAGGAUCGGCCUAAUACUAGAAAACCUUGUAAUCGAGAGCUCUGUCCUGCACAGUGGAGAAUAGGAGAUUGGUCACAGUGCACAGUGACUUGUGGAAACGGGACACAAGAGAGACUGGCCGUGUGCCGAACAAGGGACAAUAUGAUCGGGCAAUGUGAAGACGAAAAGCCAGAAACAAUACGUGUAUGUAGAAUGAUCCUGUGUCACAAAAACUCCUCACAGCAAACAUCACUUACUUCCACCAAUGGAAAAUCCAUAAUCCAAUGGCUCUCGCGUCCAGAUCCAGAAUAUCCCAUUCGGAAUAUUUUGACAAAAGCAAAUUGUCACGGGGACAAGUCAAUUUUCUGCAGUAUGGAUAUACUCUCCCGGUAUUGUUCCUUUCCUAACUACAACAAGCUCUGUUGCAAGUCCUGCAAUUCACUGUCUCAACUGAUUACAAAUAAGACCAAUAACACAGAUACUCUGCAGCGUCCUGUUCCAACAACAUUGCCUGAGACCACAAGGAAGCCAAGGGUUGUUACCUCUCACAAAUUAAAUGCAACUCAGGACAGUGCUGAGAAAAAUGCAGUUCGACAGACACACAAGAGAAAAAAUGGUAACAGUAACAUACAACGAAAUAAAGUUAUAAUUCCAAGACGUCCUAAUUUAGUCAGCAACCACAGACUCCAAUUUCUGCUUGACCAGAAUAGAAAGGAAAUGCUGAACAAUUCCUCAGACAAAGAUGUUUCAUCCGUAAAGGACAACCGUUUACCUCAUGCGGAGAAUUGAGUAUGGAUCAUUUGCCAAUGAACAACGGAAGGGAAAUAUUAUAAAGUGCCUCACCUGCUCUAUGACAAAAACUGGACUGGAAAUGAAUGGCAGACUUUAUUCAUCAAUACAUUUAUAAUGAAAACACUUCGAAUUUUAGUAAUCAAUCUUGUAGAAUGUUCAGCAUGGAGCAUAUGUCUCACAGCUUUGGCAGGCUGCAAUCACAGCAUACGCACAUACCUGCGUGCUCUUUCCAUCCUCACAACAACACCUUGUAAACCUCUAUAAUUAAGAUACAAGAGAUUGCAGAUUUUGGAUUCUUGAGCUUGGAGGAACUCAGCGCGUUAGGCAGCAUCUGUGGAAAGAAAUGGACAGACAAUGUUUAAGACUGAAAAAGGGCCCCAAUGCAAAAUACUCUGACAAUUUCCCUCCACAGAUGCUGCCUGGCCCGCUGAGUUCAUCCAGCAGUUUGUUUUCCCCACCUCAUCUUAUAAUCUUUUUCCCCAAAAUCAGUUGUGGAUUCCUGGUGCUAAUUUCCUCUUUGUAGCUCAGUGUUUCAUGAUGUGGUAUUUAACAUAUUUGCAGCAUUUUUUUGAAAUUGCAGUCAAUUUUCUCAAAUAAUGGUGCUGAAUAUUCACUACAUACUGUAUUAUUGACAUGUAAGAUGGGUCUUCUCAGGUCUUUGGUACCCACAUGGAAUAUUUUCUCAGAUUCAAAUUGUUCAAAUUGUGUCUGUAUGAUUACAUAAGGUAAAAAUCACUUGUAUUAUUAACAUUGAAAGCAUAUUAACAUCGAAAACAUAUGUGCAGAGAAUACUUUUGCUGAUGAAAAUUCACUUCCUAAAUUUCAAAAUAUAUGGUGCUGAAUGUUUUAUGUGUAUUUUUCAACCCGAACAAAUUGCAGAACAUGAAAAAUCUGUUUAAAAAAAUUAUUUAAUAAUGUUUGUGCUUGGAUGAAAUUACAUGAUAAUUUGCACUACUUUAUACAAAAUUCUAAAUAUUUGUUUUUGAUAGAAAAAGAUUAUUCCAAUAAGCUAUAAGGGACUAAAGGAAUUGCUGUAGCAAACUACAGCACUUAGAAACAUAGAUAAUAGGUGCAGGACUAGGCCAUUCGACCCUUCGAGCCAGCACCGCCAUUCAAUAUGAUCAUGGCUGAUCAUCCAAAAUCAGUACCCCGUUCCUGCUUUCUCCCCA